AUGGAUAUUUUGUAUCUAUGCAAGGAUGUCUUAAAGAUUCAGAAGUUUAGGCGGCUGGCGUCUUAUGCUGGAUUCUAUUCAUUCACUACCCUCGUUACCUAUGCUUACACAAGCAAUACGACAAGGGCUGGCAUUUCGAGGGCUGAUCAGUAUUAUGCCGCCUACCCUUCUGGUACCGACCUGCUGACUGAUACUGCAAAGCUGAUUUCUUUUGUCUGUUUGCAGCUUUACAAGGCUGCGUUGGGUAAUUGUUUCGAAAUAGACGACUGGGGUCCAAUAGAAUUCUCCAUCAUGGCAAAGCAUUUUGACCGGCAAGGCAAACCACCAUAUGCUUACCAUGCUCAAUACAUGUCACACCUUCUAUCCCAUGGCCAGCUCGAUGGAAGUGGUUAA